UGUCCGUACGGUGACAUGAAAAGGUUAGUUCAGUUUUAACAAUAGAACCGAAAAAAUUCUAAAUUUCAGAGAGGGUUAGGGUUGGGGUUAUUGGGAAAGCGAAACGUGAAUCGAUUGACGACUAGUAUCAAGUAUUCAAUUAAUCAAUUGGCGCUGGAUUCGGAAGAAAAAGGUGCGAUUGUGGGUUUGAGGAUUGAGGAAUAAGCGAAAGAAGCUAAGAGGAAAGACGAUGAGGAGGUCGGGGAUGAAGGUGGUUGCGACGGUGUCUGUGUUGUCCUUAAUCUUUCUAUAUUGGAACUGGAGAGGGGUGAGGGUGGGACCCACUGGAGUGGAAGCGUCGAAUUCCGUGUCUGCCUUUGUUCAGAACGCUAUCUACUCCAACCGCAUCACCAUCUUCUCCAAAUCCUAUUGCCCGUAUUGUUUGCGUGCCAAACGCAUCUUUGCUGAUCUGAACGAACACCCUUUUGUGGUCGAGCUUGAUCUCCGAGAUGAUGGGUAUCAAAUUCAGAGUGUGCUUCUUGAUUUGGUUGGUAGAAGCACUGUCCCACAAGUAUUUGUCAAUGGAAAACAUAUUGGUGGAUCAGAUGAUCUCAGAGCUGCAGCACAGAGCGGUGAAUUGCAGAAACUUCUCAGUUCAACUUGACAUAUUGUUAAUGCCAAAAUUAUAGUUAGAUUCUCUGUCUUGUUAUUUCGUGGGGUCAUUCUAUUCUAUAAUAUCUAUAGGAAAGGUUGAGGAGCUCGAAUUGAUUUCCUUGGUUUAAUUGCUUAUUAUAAAGAUACAAAAUAUGGAUAUACUCCUUCUGGAGCUGGAAAAUGGAAAUUAUAGACAUGGAUCAUUGAACUCGGUGAAACAACUAGUAAGCCAUAUUCUAUCAUUUUUUGUAUCCAUAUCUUGACAAGAUUGUUUCCAGCCGGGGAAAAAAAAAAGCAGAAGCCUCAGAAGGAGGCAAAGGUCAAACAGUGAAUUGUCAUAUGAACCCUCCUUUCUAUUAAAAAUUUAAAACAGAAAAGGCUCUCAGAUUCAAAUAUGGCACACGCAUUGGGCGAAUCGUUCUGCUACAAAUAGUCUAACAAAGUUGGAAUUAAUUGUAUCGAAUGUUUGCAUAGAACAGAAUUACAAGACAGUCUAUAUUGACCUAAAGAAGUCUAAAUUUGCCUAUAGGUGUAUGUCACAACACUGUCGUAUGUUAUGUGCUACCAUGAGCAAUUAUACUUUUUCUGGACACUUAAGAAUAUGAGAUUCCAAACACAUGACAAUACCAUGGCACAGCUUUGUCUACCAACAUCUUAAAAUUAAACUAUAUUUGAAUUCUCUCCUCUCAUCAGGACGAAGCUACACUGUCGGGUCUCCAAUGGCCUUUCUUUGCACAGAGAAAACCCUCUUGUUUUUUGGAGACGGUUAUUUCCCACUGCAGGGAUUUUAACAAAGCCUCUAUUUCUCCAAUGGUGCUAGCUUCAUCACGAACAAUCAAUUUACCCUCCGGUCUGAGUAUUCUAUCAACCUCUGCCAUGACAGGAACAAGUUUGCACCUGUGGAUCCAAAAUAAAAAAAAUUGGAUCAAUGUACUGCAAUUCCUCUAGUGUGGAUGAAGAAGGAUCACUAUUAACAUCCAUACCUCUCCUUAAGCUUUGAGAAAAGAUGAUCUGCAUGCAAAAUAUCAUAAGUUCGUGGAUAGGUGCUAAAGGAUUCACACCAGUCAUGGUAUAUCCCAAACAGACCCCUCUCAUAGAUGAUAGGAAGUGUGUCUGGUGCAUCUACGUUCACCACAUUGAAUACCCAAACAGGGAGAUCUUUCAAAGCUGCUGCAAAUCUGCACACACACACACACACACACACACGGUGUUUACAUUAUGUAUCUCACAUGAAUGAAAAUGUAUAUAGUAGUAAGAAUCUUUACCCCCCAUAAACAGCUCGCAUGUCCAUGAUGUUUCUCACGCCAGACCAAGUUAUACCAGCAUUACUCAGCUCAUCCACAACAUUCUUCCAGCGAUCAUUGUCCGCUGCAAAAUCUUGAGAAGCCGGUUUUCCAUAGAUCCCCGUCUGCGAAUCGUUUAGCCAAUAUGGGGUUUUGUGCAACCGAGCAGGCCAAGCUUCCGGCCAUUUGGCUCCUCUCUCAGCCUUGUUAACAGGCACCUUGUGCAUACAAGCCUGUAGAGGUACAUACCUGGUAAUAUAACAACUCAUUCAGGAAAUUAUGAUCAGAACAAAAGAACUAAAACUUAUGGUAA